CCAAGCCCAGGAUACUUGAGCCUGGCAGCUAACCCUGAGGAUAAAGAUCAGAAAAGAGGCAGAAAAAGCUCGGCUGUGGGAGAGGCUGCGGGAUGGCCGAGGGAGAAAUCACCACCUUCACCGCCCUGACCGAGAAGUUCAACCUGCCCCCGGGGAACUACAAGAAACCCAAACUCCUGUACUGCAGCAACGGGGGCCACUUCCUACGGAUCCUCCCGGAUGGCACAGUGGAUGGGACCAGGGACCGAAGCGACGAGCACAUCCAGCUCCAACUGAGUGCAGAAAGCGUGGGAGUGGUGUACAUAAAGAGCACCCAGUCGGGGCAGUACCUGGCCAUGGACACCAACGGGCUGCUCUAUGGCUCGCAGUUACUGGGUGAGGAGUGCCUGUUCCUGGAAAGGGUCGAAGAAAACCAUUAUAACACGUACAUCUCCAAAAAGCACGCGGAUAAGAACUGGUUUGUGGGUCUGAAGAAGAAUGGGAACAGCAAGCUGGGGCCGCGGACUCACUACGGCCAGAAGGCGAUUCUCUUCCUCCCACUGCCCGUCUCGGCUGACUAAGCCCCAUCCCAGAAGCUCAGAGAUGACCCCAAAUACCAAAACCCAACUGCUGCCGCCUCCUUAGAGCUCGUUAGAGCUCCGAGCUUUAGGUCAAGGCUUUACCAAAACUAGCCAAAGCAGAGCUCCUCAGCUCUGCACAAAAGCUUUGCAGAGAUGAGGGGAAGAGUCCUGACACCCUCCCAAGAGCCACCAACCCCCCUGGCUCCCCCUGCCCUCCACUGUCUGCUGUUGUGUGCCAUGACCACGCUGCAGCUCCUGGGGACAGGCACCCAGAAACCUGCCCAAAGGGCACCCCAAGGUCACCCCAGUUACCAGAGAAGUGCAUGCUUUGUGUCCCCAGGCAUUCUAAGGCAAAACCUUCCUGGAUACUGUGUAUUAAUGUAUUUAUCUAUCUAAGUAUGCAGCUUCUAACGUACCCUCAAACAAUCUCAUAUUGGACCAUCAGUCCUGUUAUCCAGGGCCAGCCUGGUGAAUGCUGGCCAAUAUCCUUGGUGUGUUAAGCUGAACAAGCAGGCAAAGCUCCAGUCCCAGACCUUGGCCUCCCUCACAACACCAGUAGUGCUGUAUUUCAUGUACCUACCAUAUAUUAUUAGUAUUUAUUUAUCAAGUAAGUACGUCUCUUCUACAAUCUGUUCAUAGGUAAUUCCAGGCACCAAAGCCCCUUGAUGCUGUCCCAGUGAGGAAGGGGCAGUGGCAGUCAGUGACUGGUGUGAAGGUGUGAUGCACAGCAGGAAGAUGCUGCAUGACAGUGGCAGCACAUUGCACCCAUUCCCAGGGGUAUUCCCCCCACUGCUCUGGUGUCUGGCUACAUGGGGCUCUAAAAAUGCCACUGGAGCCCCUUGAUGACUCCCAAACCCUGUGAGAAGCUGUUUCUCCUCACCUGGCAUGAUGCAGCUCAAGAGCAGCUCAAGAGCCACUCCUGCCAUGUGAGAGCAUCACAGGAGCACCAAGCUGCCACACUGUACCCAGAGCAUCCACAGCUUCUCUGGAAAACCUGUGCCAGGGCCUCACCACUCACCCUCACAGGGAGGAAUUUCUCCCUAAUAUCUAAUCUAAAUCUACUCUUCUUCAGUUUAAAGCCAUUCUCCCUUGAUUUAUCCUGCCAUCAUGGACAGGGACAAGAAGUGCUCCCUGCUCCCGACAAAUCCAGAUCAACCAUCUCUACACAAGAGAGGAAUAAAGAGCACUCUGCCUUGCAUAUUUCUGCAACAGCAAUUAGUCACUAAUUACUGCACUUUACAAUCGCUCUAAUUACUGCACUUCUGCACUUGCUGGCUCUGAAACCUUCUCCCCAGCACUGAUAGCAUCACAGGUAAUCCCAGUGCUCCUGGGCAAACAGGGAGCUGGCAUAGGAAUGGCAGAGCUGUGGCUGUGAAGGAGCCUGCACCAACUCCUUGCACCUUCUCAUUGCCAUGGCCCUUCAGUGCUGCUUCUCACCUGUGAGAUCCACGUGGAAAUCGAGUGGAAAGGUGAAUUUUGCUAAUCCUGUAGGUACCAGCUGCUCCUCUUGUCUUCUACACAGCAACAUUCCUGUACAGCUGCCCACAGGGAGGGCAGAUGGGUGGUCUUGGAAGUAUUUACUCUGUGCACACUGAAUGCUUGAGGGACCACAAACACAAAUUUUCAGUUUUUACUUAGAAUUCCCAACAGCCAAAAAGGCACAUUUUUAAUAUAUAUAUUUCUACAUACCAACUAAAACAUUUCAAUUAGAAGAAAACAAUAAUGCUUACAAAAAAUCUACUCUGCAUUGUUGCCUUCCCCCCUCAAAAAGGUUAGGUACAGCAGUGGGAUAACUUUGGAGUUUUUCAGUAUCCCUGUGUCCCAGGUAAGCCUGAACAGGCAAACACCUGUGAUUUGCAGUGUUGCCUUAUUUUCACAUCUAAGCCCAUUAAUAUAACUCACACCAGAGCAGACACAGCUCCCUGCAACCUUUCAGCUGGCAAGCACUACCCCAUGGAGGUGUCUUCAUCAUCCUCAUGCGUUCCCUCAUCCUACAUCUGCAGGGACAUGGAUCCCUCAACAGGUUGGACCCCUCCACCUCUGGCAUCAGUGCUGCUCUGAACUUCUAAUUGCUUCACUGCAGUGGAUAAGAGUUGAGAAGUACCUGGCAGUGCCCAGUAAGGACAGAAUAUCUGCCAAAAUCCUGGAUUUCAGCCAACAAGCUGCCGGGAGAGAAAGGCCAAGAGAGGGACCCAAACACUACUGAUGGCCCUGGCUCAGCUGCUAUCACAGGUCCAGCACGAUAUUCCUACGGCAAACAAAAAGCUGGGCAAGACAGAGGGAUGUGGAAGGCUGACAACAUCAACACUCUUCUUAAACACCGUGGUUGCUUUCCCUGUGAAAGGCCGGGCUGUCACUCAAGUCAAGAAGUGAAUGAAUGCAUGAGCGGGAGAUGCAGGUUUCUAAUUAAACUGGAAAGUUGGAACGUGUAA